AUGGGCCGCCUGGGCUUCAGAGCUCGACGCUGGGUCGACGCUGGGCCGGCCCUGUCGUCUUUUUGGUUGGCGGACCGCCGCUCCCUCCUGCAGCACCGUCGCACGCACCGCUGGAUGAGCUGGGUGCUGGUGCUGGGUACUGCAUUCCGCUGCUCCUUCCGUCCCAAGCGCCGCUAUCGGGCUGUCGAGGCGGUGGACAGCCCAGUCAAGAUCAGCGAUGACAGCACAAAAUCUCCGCACUAA